AUGACAGAAACGGUCGAAGCGACAAGGCUCGUCGAGGGCAAAGCUACCUCGCGGCAGCCAGUUCGACCAUCGCAAGGUCCACUGAAAUCGACCUGGCAUCGACAAGACAACACCCAAGGCUGGGGUCUCUACCACUGGCUUGUCCACCUCAUCGACAUCGAUCCGCUACCACCUUCAUCCACCACCGUCGUCCACGACAAGAAUGACCCGAUUCCGGUGUGGAACAACCUCAGCGCACACAUCUUCAUCCUGCUCCGCUUCGGUGCAGCCUUCGCCCUGCAGUACGCCUACACGCAUUUGACCGGACGAAACUUCACUCCGCUCAUCAAUAUGGUCUUCUGGGGCGCCUACACUUCGCUGUACGGAAUCAAUGUGAUCCACUCCACUCGGAGGGUGGCGGGGCAAGUGGGAUUUCUGCAGCCGAGCAAGGCACGCGAUGGGAUUCCCGACCACCGGGUGGCUGAGGUUUUGCGAUCCUUGGCCAUGACCGGGUUCCUCCGACCUGUAGCGGCGACGCUGCUGUGUUACGAUCCGAACGAUGCUAUGCGGGUGUCACCUUGGUUGCCGGUGUUGAUCCCCGCGUUCAGCAUCGCGGUGGAUUUCUGGUUCUACUGGUACCACCGUCUGAUGCACGAAUCCGAGCUGCUAUGGAGGUUUCAUCGAACGCAUCACACCGCAAAACUGCCCACUACGGUGCUGGCGUUGUACGCGGAUGGCGUGCAAGAGUGGUUCGAUGUGCUAGUCAUCCCCAUGUUGGCUCAUUUCACCGUCCAGGCGGUGCUGCCCAUGGGGUUCUACGAUUGGAUGCUGUGCUGGACGUACGUAGAGCUGCUCGAGUUGAUGGGUCACAGUGGGAUUCGCUGUGCAGGAACCGCACCUGCUUUCGACUACCUGCCUUUGCGUAGAUUGGAUAUGGAUAUUGUCAUCGAGGACCACGAUCUGCACCAUUCCAAGGGCUGGAAGACGUCGGGCAAUUACGGCAAGCAGACGAGGAUCUUCGACAAGCUCUUUGGCACAGUCAUGCCCAGGGUGGAGAUGCUGGAGCAUUUGAUCGAUACCGGCGACAAGGUUUGGUUCCCUCAGUGGUAG